AUGAGUAAUCAUGUUCAUUCAUUACCUGUAAUCAAUUUUACAGAUACAAAAUUAUCAAAUCAAAUGAUUAAAACAUUGAACGAAACUCUUUUAGCUCAAGAUAAACAACAACAACAACCUAUUCGAGCUGAUCCUCGCAGCUUGUAUUAUCCAUAUCCAUAUCAAACUGUUAAUUGGUAUAAUUUUCCUUAUUUAUGGCUUGCUUUUGCUGGUGGUCUUUUUGACCCUACAGUACCAUUCACUGAUGUUGGUACUCAAAGAACUGGUUUAGGAACGGGGUGA